CUUUCACCCCUUCCAUCAAAAUAGUAGACCAGUCCAAUUACAAGCAGAAUGGCACUGAGCAAAGAUGUACCAGAUAUAGAGAAUCUCUUGUCCCUGAACCCUCAAGUGAGAAAGUCUGCAGUUGUAAAGUCCUCUGCUUCAACCAAGAAGGACAAGAAACACUGGAAGAGGAAUGCAGAUAAAGGAUGUGGGACCUGUGCCCCAUUGGAGAAGAACUUUGAUGACAUCAAGCACACUACACUAAGUGAGAGGGGAGCCCUCAAGGAGGCAGCAAGAUGUUUGAAAUGUGUGGAUGCACCAUGUCAAAAGGGAUGCCCAACGCAGCUAGACAUCAAAACAUUUAUCACCAACAUCUCAAAUAAGAAUUACUAUGGAGCUGCCAAAGCUAUAUUUUCUGAUAACCCACUAGGCCUGACAUGUGGUAUGGUGUGCCCAACCAGUGAUCUCUGCGUGGGGGGUUGCAACUUGUACGCAUCAGAGGAGGGACCAAUUAACAUUGGAGGACUGCAGCAGUUUGCUACUGAGAUCUUCCAACAAAUGAAAAUACCACAAAUCCGUGACCCUAAUCUGCCAAAACUUGAAGAUCUUCCUGAUAGCUACAGACAAGAGGUGGCACUCCUGGGCUGUGGUCCCGCCAGUAUCAGUUGCGCCACAUUUCUAGCCAGAUUGGGCUACUCUGAUAUUACCAUAUAUGAGAAACAGAAAUAUAUUGGAGGUCUAAGUUCAGCUGAGAUUCCCCAGUUCCGAUUGCCGUAUGAUGUUGUCUCAUUUGAAGUUGACAUGAUGAAAGAUUUGGGUGUAAAGGUGGAGUGUGGGAAACCAUUGGGUGAAGGAGGUCUCACACUGGAGGCUCUGAAGGACCAAGGUGCAGCUGCUGUAUUUGUGGGAAUAGGUUUACCUGAUCCCAAGAAGAUUCCAUUGUUCAAGGACCUCACUGGUGACAUGGGAUUCUUCACUUCAAAAGAAUUCCUGCCCAAAGUUGCUGCUGCUAGUAAACCAGGUAUGUGUGCUUGUAAGAGCCAACUUCCACAGUUAUAUGGCAAUGUGAUUGUGCUUGGUGCUGGAGACACAGCGUUUGAUUGUGCAACCUCAGCACUGCGUUGUGGCGCAAAGAGAGUGUUCAUUGUGUUUAGGAAGGGAUUCACAAACAUCAGGGCAGUACCAGAAGAGAUGGAACUUGCAAGGGAAGAAAAAUGUGAAUUUCUGCCAUUUUUGGCUCCCCGUCAGAUUGUAGUUAAAGAGGGCAGAAUUAAAGCCAUGGAGUUUACACGUACAGAACAGAAUGAUGAUGGAGACUGGAUAGAGGAUGACGAUCAAACAUUGCGUCUAAAAGCUGACUUUAUUCUAUCAGCAUUCGGCUCAGGGUUAAAUGAUGAAACUGUAAAGAAUGCAUUGAAGCCAAUCAAGAUGAACAGGUGGGGCCUGCCAGAGGUGAAUACAGAGUUGAUGCAGUCCAGUGAGCCAUGGGUGUUCUGCGGGGGUGACAUUGCAGGUGUCGCACAAACAACAGUAGAAUCUGUAAAUGACGGCAAGCAAGCAGCCUGGCACAUGCAUAAAUACUUACAAUCUCUUGCCAAGAUUGAGGUACCAUCUAAGCCCAACCUACCCAACUUCUACACUCCAAUAGAUGAAGUAGACAUCAGUAUAGAGAUGUGUGGCUUGAAAUUUGAGAACCCAUUUGGUCUUGCAAGUGCCACGCCCACAACAAGCAGUGCUAUGAUUCGCCGAGCAUUCAUACAAGGCUGGGGAUUCGCAUUGACCAAAACAUUUGCAUUAGAUAAGGACAUUGUCACAAAUGUGUCACCCCGUAUUGUGAAGGGAACAACUAGUGGUAACUUAUAUGGUCCAGGCCAGGGCAGUUUCCUUAACAUAGAGCUGAUCAGUGAGAAAACUGCUGAGUACUGGUGUAACAGCAUCACUGAACUCAAGCAAGAUUUCCCAAACAAGGUACUGAUUGCUAGUAUCAUGUCAAGCUACAAUGAGGAUGAUUGGACUGUACUGGCUAAAAUGGCUGAGGCUGCUGGUGCAGAUGCCUUGGAGUUGAACUUGUCUUGUCCCCAUGGUAUGGGAGAGAGAGGCAUGGGGCUAGCAUGUGGCCAGGAUCCAGAGAUGGUACGUAACAUCUGCCUCUGGGUGCGUGCAGCCGUCAAGAUUCCAUUCUUUGCCAAGCUCACCCCCAAUGUCACCAGUGUUGUUGUUAUAGCAAAGGCUGCAUAUGAAGGAAAAGCUGAUGGUGUGACAGCUACUAACACAGUAUCAGGUCUGAUGGGACUGAGGGCAAAUGCUACAGCCUGGCCAAGUGUUGGAAAGAAACACCGUACAACAUAUGGAGGUGUCUCUGGCAAUGCAAUUAGACCUAUAGCUCUCAGGGCGGUCUCUGCCAUAGGAAAUGCAAUCCCAGGAUUCCCAAUCCUGGCCACAGGAGGUAUAGACAGUGCCGAUGCAGGACUACAGUUCCUGCUGGGUGGUGCUAGUGUGCUGCAGGUAUGUAGUGCUGUACAGAACCAAGACUUCACAGUGGUGGAGGACUAUAUACUAGGCCUGAAGUCACUUCUGUAUCUACAGUCCCUGGGCCUAGAGGGCUGGGAUGGCCAGAGUCCUCCUACACCCAGACAUCAGCUUGGAAAACCUGUUCCUAAACUACAGGAUGUUGUAGGAAAGAACCUACCAAACUUUGGGGAGUAUCAAUCAGAGAGGACAGAAGUGAUAUCAAACCAGAAGAAAGAUUCAGACCUGUUAGCCAAAACACCAGCACCAAGGGCCUUGAUUCUGCCUCAGACACCAGUCCCCUCUGUUAAGGAUAUGGUUGGCAGAGCUCUAUCUAUGAUCACAUCCUAUGGGGAGCUGAACAACCAGGAGCAAGUUGUGGCGCUGAUAGAUGAGGAAAUGUGCAUCAACUGUGGCAAAUGCUAUAUGACGUGUAAUGAUUCAGGGUACCAGGCUAUAACCUUUGAUCCUGAGACACAUCUACCCAAAGUCAAUGAUGAUUGUACAGGAUGUACUCUAUGUCUGUCUGUAUGUCCUAUCAUUGACUGCAUCAAAAUGGUGGAGCGCAAGACACCAUACAUACCGCGACGUGGAAUCCCACUACGAAACACCAUGCCAGAAACUAUAACUGUGUGCCAGUAGAUGAAGGUUCUAACAAAAUACUAUAGUAACUAGAGACAGUCAAUUCUAAACAUGAUUUUAUAUUAGAUGAUGUUAAAUGAAAAUGAAUUAUUUUGAAUUUUUGGGUAAGAUGUAAUAACUGUUAAGUUUUUUUAAGUGUAUCAAGUGCCAAAUUAGGGAUACCAUAUAGCAACCAGUCUUUGGUAUAAUAUAAACACAUGCUUUAUGUAUAUGAAAGUUUCACUCCAUAAUCUAUAACAAUCGCAGUGGAAAUUUUAGCAAGUGCCAAAUCAGGGAACAAAACAGCUUACAUUGUACAUGUAUACUUAUUAUGUUUGGUAAGUUUUAUACAUAUGAUGUACAUAAGGUAUUUUUGAUGCUUAUGCUCAAUAUACAAUUAGGAACAUAAACAUUUUCCCACCAUAAUGAAUGAUGCAAUUGGAAUUUUAGCAAGUGCCAAAUCAGAGAAGUCUAUGUGUUUAGAAAUAUUUUUAAUACGUGCAUAAAAUUAUAUUUUUAUGCUUUAAAACAAUAUGCAAAUAUGACCUUUAAAGGGCUUUUGUACUAUACUGUGAAAUAAGUGCAAAUGAGAUUUUUUUAGAAUAGCGUGUGCCAAAUCAGCAUGGUUUACAUGUACAUGUACUUUAUAUGGUGCUUAAUGAUAUUUGAUAAUAACAUGGACAUGAUUGUGCAUAAGAAUAUACAAUUUUCAUGCUUUAUAACAAUAUGUAAUUUUAAGCUUUAAAGAGAGUUCUAUUCAAUCCUAAAUAUGGCCAAAAAUAUGAUGACGGGAUCAACUUAUAUGAUCGAGAUUAUGAGUCAAAUUUUACAUAUACAGUAUUAUUAAUUGACAAAUUUAUGGCACCCUUUUGGUUGCCGAGGAUAAAAUAUUUUUUAUCAAUACAACAAUCCAAUAGGAAGCUUCUUAUCAUAACUGAUACUGUAAAACUAGAAAUUUUUUGCAUUUUAGAUAUUUUGUGAGUUUUCAUGAAUUCACUAUUUUUGCAAAAUUAAAUCUGGUUAACUCACUUAUAUGUGAAAAUAAAUAGCACCCUUUUUGUGAAUUUAAUAUUGGCAUGAAUCAGUCAAUCUGUCCAAUGGAGGUAUUGAUCGAGUGCCAUUGAAGAACUGUUGAUACAAUUAUUUUCAUUAUUAAAAUUAUCAAAUUAUUGGAAAAUUGCAUAAAUGAAUCACACAAAAUUUUGAAAACUUUGUUAAAUUAAUUGCACAAAAAUUCUAGUUGUACAGUAGUUGAUUUAUCCUGUUUUUCACAAUUAUAAUAUAUGAAUUCGACAAUGAUUUGUAUUAAUUUAGUUGAUGUAAUCUAGAAUAUCAGAGUGAUAGCUUAGCCUGGAGUAGUUAAGUAGAAAUGUUUUGAUAAAUCUAUAUUUAUACUUAGAUGUGCAAAAUAUAAUCAUUAUAUUUCAUGUACUGAAUAAUCUGUCACGGCAGCUUUUCUGUCAAAAGAAGUUCUGGUUUGUUUUCAAAAUUAAAAAGAUAUUCAGAGAUUUGGUUAUUAUUUGUAUGAACGUGCUUUUUUCUACUAAAUUCAUACUUGUUUUUGGAAAAACAAUUUUGUGGUCCAUUUUGCGAGUUCAUAGCAGAAUAAACAGAAACUUGAAUAUCCAUUAAAUUUCAAACCUGCAUUAUUGUAUCAAUCAAAUGAGAUGUAUAAAGUAAGUACAAAUGUAUAUGAGUGUGUGAUACAUUGGCUUUACUUUGAGGACAUCAUGUAAGAGUACAGCAUAUCUGUCACCAUGGCAAUUAUUGGCAAUAAUAAUUUCAAUGAUUUUAAUCGUUUUCAUUUUGGUGCCUAUUUCAGUAUUUGUAUUUACAGUAAAUUAGGUU